CAGCACAGAGCCUGAUGCAGGGCUUGGACUCAUGAACCGUGAGAUCAUGACCUGACCCGAAGUCACUUAAUCGACUGAGCCACCCAGGCGUCCCUAUAUUGCUUAAAGAAAAACAUGUUUAGGACCUAUCUUAAAAUAAAGACGGCUUUGUUUUUUUGUAAAAUUAUGUACUCAUUGUAAAAAAAAAAAACUGUAGAAAAGUACAAAAGACGAAACAAAACUCACCAGAAAUCUCACUGAGUUGUAAUCACUUACCAAAAUAAAAACAUCCCUUCAGACUUUCUAUAAACAUAUUCAUAUAAUUAUAUAUAAAUGUUGUUUUACUGUACUAUUCUGGAACCUUUUUCACUGAAUAGCCACAAGAACAUCUUUGCACAGUAGAGUCUAUAAAUCUCCAUCAUUUUUAAUGGCUACAUGGUGCUCCAUUAUAUUAUAAUUACUUAAUCAGUCUCCUGCCAAUAGCAUUUAGAUUGUAAUUUUUCACUAUUUAAACACCAUAGUGAACCUCUGCAGGCAUGCAUCUUUUUGUACUUUUCUUGGUCAGGAAAUUUGUCCUAAACACAGAUGAUGUUAUUGUUAAAUCCAAGUGCAUUUUUAAAAUGUCUUUGAUAUCUAUUGCUAAGUGCUCAGUUUAUACAUUUAGAAGAUAUUGACAAUGCAUACAGGUUUCCUAGCACCCUUGCCAUUAGUGGCUUCUAUUACUUUGAAAUGUUUGCCAAUCUGAUAGACGGGAAAUAAUCUCUUUCUUUCUUUACUGCAUCUCUUUGAAGUCCCUGUCGCUAUAAAGGCUUUUAUGCAAAUAACCUGUGAUUGGAGUUUUAACAUAUCUCUCCAGCACCAGUGUUGCUUCCUCAUCUGCUGAUAAUAGGUUGGUUCUUUCUCAAGAGCCAGGCUUCCUUUUCCUUGAAAAUAAAAAGUAAAAUAUGUAAAUAAAACACAUGUUAAAUAUUUCUCUAAAAUUUGGCAUUCAACUUUGCUAUUCUAAGAAAGAUUCUUUAAGGGAAGUAAUAUCUCUUUCCUCUAGGACAAUAUUGGAUUCAUUCUAAUAAAAUGUAUUUUCUCCAGCUCUUUUUUGUAGCUGCUGCUAAGUAUACUUUUUAUGUUAAUAUUUAGGCUCAUUUCUUAAUGUCCUUGUGACCAGCUUUAAGGGCUUUUGCUAAUUACAGUCAAAUCUCUUUCUUUUGACUUUUUGCUAAUUUCAACAUCUGGUAUAUCUUAUAUUAAAUAUUUUUAUGCCUACACCGUUUUUAAGUUACUCAUUUCAAAUGAAGCAACAUUGUGAAUGCUAGCACUGCAUAUGUCAAUAAAACUAUGGAAAAGCUUAGAAGUUUUUAACUUCUAAGAUAUCUAAGAAGAAAAUAGACUGUGCUUUGUACUUCUCAUUGGUUUGGUCAAAGAUUAAAAACAAAUCCGUCUCUUGGCAAAUUGUUUAAUGGUAGCCACUUCUGAGGAAUCUGCAGGGAAAAUCUGAAAGGUGACUGAAAUAUGUCCCUUCUGCGUCCUUGCCUAAUCUAAUUUCAGAGCUACCAGCUUCUGUCCCCAGGAAGCGGACUUCACUUCCUUAUUCUGAUUACCAUAAUGUCAGCUGACCCAGCCUCACGUCAACUUCCUGAUAGUACUUACUAGAACACCCAGAACACAGAGUCAUCAUGAUCUUGCACAGAUAGUUCCGUCUGUCAAGCUCAGGGCCUUCAAAUGGCAUGAGCAUUGAGGAAUAUAUUCCUGGAAUCAUUUUCAAAUUAAUUGGAAGUGGCACUGUGCAUCACUUAAAUCUAGGUCUGAGGUGACAAGAACAUCUCUGUAACCCUUAUUUCCCAUUCAUUGCAGCUCUAAUGGGCUUGGCAUCCGGUGGUAAGAGGCACUCAGUGUAAUGUGGAGGAGCAAUUUGGUGACAGAGAGACCGAAUCACAGGGACUUGCUCAGUUUAAAAUGGGAGAUAACAGCUAGUGUCUUUUUUUGGUUUUGGGUUGUUUGGGUUUUUUUUUUUGCCUAAGCCAAGGGGGUGGAAAAAAAAAAAUCAGCUUUUUUUGGCAUAUUGCCAAUAUACCUCUUCUAAAAACCCACGUUUUCCUUUUAUAAGUAAAACAGGGCCCCAAGCAUUUUAUAAUAUAGGAAUGUGCAACCAUUACUAGAAAAGAUCAGGUCUGCCAUGAAAGCCUUCUUGUUCCAAAGCCUGACACAAAGCAGGCUUAAUCACCUCAGGAAUGUUCCCAGCCUUACUCCACCAGAGGAAAAGUAUCCUUGAUUUCACUUGGGUUUUCCUUUUCUUUGUCCUUAUUUCUUCUACUGAGCACAGAAAAUUGGACUCACGUGAGCAGAUCUCUCUAAAUAAGGCAUUGUGGAGUGAAGACCUGAUAGCAUGUGUCUACCUUUGUUGCGAAAGUGAGUAGCCAUGAACUGGUCUGUGGGAGUCCUGCGGGCCGGCCUGAGAGUGGAGGCUGCGAGAGUGAAUUUCCUGUGCCCGAGGGGGGCGCUGUGUCCCCGCCAGCCGGCAGGCAUCUCCCUUCCGGUCGCCUGGCCCGUCACCCUCGUGUCCAGGAUGGCGACCAUCAAGUGUGAGCUUAUCAAGAAUUUCACCUCCGAGGAGGCCGUUCAUCACAACAAAGUCUCCAUUAUAGGAACCGGAUCGGUUGGCAUGGCCUGUGCUAUCAGCAUCCUGUUAAAGGGCUUGACCGAUGAACUUGCCCUUGUGGAUGUUGAUGAAGACAAACUGAAGGGUGAGACCAUGGAUCUGCAACAUGGCAGUCCGUUCGUGAAAAUGCCGACUAUUGCCUCCAGCAAAGAUUACCUUGUCACUGCAAACUCCAACCUUGUGGUCAUCACAGCAGGUGCACGCCAGGAAAAAGGAGAAACGCGGCUUAAUUUAGUCCAGCGCAACGUGGCCAUCUUUAAGUUAAUGAUUUCCAAUAUUAUCCAGUAUAGCCCUCGCUGCAAACUGAUUGUUGUUUCCAAUCCAGUAGAUAUAUUAACUUACGUGGCCUGGAAAUUGAGUGGAUUUCCCCAAAACCGUGUUAUUGGAAGUGGUUGUAAUCUGGACACUGCCCGUUUCCGUUUCUUGAUUGGGCAAAAGCUUGGUAUUCACUCUGAAAGCUGUCAUGGGUGGGUCCUUGGAGAGCAUGGAGAUUCCAGUGUCCCUGUGUGGAGUGGAGUGAACAUCGCUGGUGUCCCUCUGAAGGAUUUGAGUUCAGAUAUAGGAACUGAUAAAGAUCCCGAAAAGUGGAAAAAUGUCCACAAAGAUGUAAUUGCCAGUGCCUAUGAGAUUAUUAAAAUGAAAGGUUAUACUAAUUGGGCCAUUGGCUUAUCUGUAGCUGAUUUAACGGAAAGCAUUUUGAGGAAUCUUAGAAGAGUGCAUCCAGUUUCCACCAUAAUUAAGGGUCUGUAUGGGAUAAACAAAGAAGUAUUCCUCAGUGUUCCAUGUGUCUUGGGAGAGAGUGGUAUUGCAGACCUUGUAAAGGUGACGCUGACCCCUGAAGAACAGGCCCGUCUGAAGAAGAGUGCAGAAACACUGUGGGAAAUUCAGAAGGAGCUUGAGCUUUAAAGUUGUUUGAAACUAUCUUUCAGAAGUUAUUGAAGAGAUAGUAGGUGUGGGGUUGUAUAUGUCAAAUUUUUUAAUAAACUUGAAAUUGCUAGAAGUUGGAAAUAGGAAAGGAAGUACAAUGACUCAUCUGUUUAUUCCCCAGCUUUUUUAUUUAGCAUACAGAUGUCAGGAUGAUUUUUUUCCCCCACACAAUUCCUAAGUGACUGCAUCAAAGGUGUUUUUGUACCACUGAUGUGCCAGUACUUGCCAUAGACAGAGAGAGAGUUGCUAUUUGGUCCAAAAGGAUAAAGGAUAUAGGUUUGUUUAUUGUGUUACAGAAAUAAUUUUCAUUAAGUACAUGUUAAUUUUUUCAUUCUGGCUGGCUUACACCUACUGUGUUCAUUUAUAUACUGUUUUUAAGAAGUUGUGACUUUCUCUACAAUGUAAAAAUAAAUAUACAGACAGAAGUACUGUAAAGGA